CUCUAAGCCUUGACUGCUGCUGCUGCUGCUGCAGCAGGCCGAAUGAAGUGACGUCACCGCCCGUUUGAAACUCUGUGGGAAUCAAGCUGUUGGAGAGUCUCCCUGCAAUGUUCCGAGGCGUGGCGCGUGUGAACCCUCGUUUGGCGAAAAGUGUCUGGAUGUGUUCUCCCAGCGGCAUGCGCGUUCAUCAUUCCCUUCUCCGUUCUCAGCGUUACAGGCUGGCACCUACAUAGCUUCCCUGGUUCAAGCGAUGAUGUUUCCAAUGAGUGCCCCACUGUUAAGCGAUAAAUCAACCAACAUCGAUGCGGACACAAGCGCGUGGACGACGCACUCCUGGCACGUGAAGAACACCUUUGUUGAGGUGGAUGGCAUUGGUAGCGAGACCCGCUCUGAUCACAAGUCCGGCCGGACUGCACGCAGCUGCCAGCCAAGGAUCAGGAUGAGCAGCCUUUCGGUGAAGCCCACGGGUGAAGUGCAGUGCGAAGCUGGCGCCACGGGCAGCAGCGUCGUCGCAGCUCCUGCUGUUGCCAGCGCUGCCGCCGUGGGCACUGCCUCCGUGACCUCCGCAGAGACUGCCCAGCAAGGAGCACACGAGGCGGACCGUGACCAAGGGACGACGGCGGUGCCAGGCAGUGCCUGCCGAGAGCAGCAAGAGCAUGGGCGCGGCAAGACCUCGAAGGACGGCAGCCUGACUUGCAUGACCGAACGGCCCCACUGGCCGUCGUCGACGAUUGGAGAUCAGCUGAAGCUGCUGCAGAGGGAGCAUGACCACCAGUGUGUGUUCGUCGCCCGGCGGCUUCACACCUUGAGCUUCGCGUCGGAGAGGCUGGUGGCGUCGCACUUCUCGGCGUUCGGGCAGGUCAAGAGGGUGCUGAUCGCGCACACGAAGGCGACGCGCUCCCUCGAGGCCGCGGCGCGGGUGCGGCCCGGAAGCAUCGGCUUCGUGGUGAUGGCGCACGCCAGCGCCGUCACGCGCAUCCUGGAGUCGGGCAGCCAGCAGGUGGUAGCCGGGAAGAGCAUCGUCCUGGAGCCGUUCCGCCCCGGGCCGCUGUAGGAGGGGCUGCGGCGGCGACGCCGACACGAGCCGCCUUCGGCGCGCCCGCGGGGGUGCUCUCAUGCUCACCUCGCCCCGGCCAGCAGCCCAGGCCCCUCCGCGCCCGGCCUCGGCACCCGCCCGCUGAGCGUGGCCUCACCGGAUCGAGCGCGGCCCCAGCCCACGGGGCAGAUUCGCCCGACGGAGCCUCGUGGAGAGAGGUCGCCCCAGGGCGAGGGCACACGCGAGCCGCGCCUCGGAUCGGCCCAGCGAGGUGGAAGUCUUUGCACGGCGGAAGUUUUAAUGCACUGGCGCACGUGGCAGGGGCGCCUCGGUCCCCGUUCCGCCCCGUGGCCGUGAGCUGAGCAAGGCUCGUGGCCGGUGGCGUGGGCCUUGGCGAGCCGCUCGUUUUAGCUCGGACGGGGGGGCGGGCGAGAGGGGCGGGGCAU